AGGGCGACGAGGCCGCCGCGGCCGUCGCGACGACCGUCAAGGCCGAGCCCCGGGCCGAGGGCGACGCGCCCGCGGACGCGGACGCGCUCGUCUUCACGUCGACGACGGAGUUCACCGCGCGGCUCCACGCGCGCCUCGAGGAGCGCGCGGCGGAGAACGCCGAGGCGUCCGCCGAGGCCGCGGCGGACGCGCUCGCCGCCGCGGGCGGCGCCGCCGUCAAGGCGGAGGCGGGCGAGCUGCCGCCGGACGAGAGCGACUCCGACGCGAUGAGCGACAGCGACGACGAGAGCCUCGCCGCCGCGGAGGCCGAGGACCGCGGCGACCUCAUCGACUUCCUCCACAAGCAGCCCCUCGCGCGCGACGGCAUGGCCGCGACCAUGGGCCUCCUGCGCCAGACGGGCGACGUCCAGAUCAAGCACGUCGAGCAGAAGGUCGGCCGCGCGCGCGACCAGACGAUCUUCGAGGACGGCACCGAGGACGACCCGGCCGCGCCGCCGGACCCCUCGCUCCAGUUCAAGCCCAUCAAGCUCGAGUACCGCGACGCCGACGGCCGCCUCCUCACGCGCAAGGAGGCCUUCCGCCAGAUGUGCCACAAGUUCCACGGCAAGGGGCCGGGCAAGAAGAAGCAGGAGAAGUUCGCCGCGCGCGAGGCCGAGCGCCAGCGCUCCAUCAAGAUGUCCGCCGGCGCCGGCUCCCUCUCCAUCCUCCAGCACGCCCAGGCGCGCACGGGCCAGGCCUUCGUCCCCAUCAACAACCAGACCGCCUACGCCGCCAUGGGCCAGCCCAAGGAGAAGUCCAAGUCCAAGAAGAAGAAGAAGAAGGCCAAGGGCCACUAG